AUGCUGAAUGGUAAAGGGCGUUCGCCGCGCGCGCGCGCGGCGCGAGCAUUGACGACGUCGUCGCACGCGCGCAGGCUCCUCGUGAAGCGCGCGUUCAACAGACGCGCGUUGGAGACGCACCCAGACAAAGGAGGCGACGCGGACGCGUUCCAAGCGAUGUACGAGGCGUUUCAAGAGCUCAAACAAGCGUUUCUCGAUGGCUUCUCGGAAUUCGCGAAGUGCAUCGAAUCGGCGCCGGCGAAGGCGAAGGCGAAGGCGAAGGCGAAACGAACGAUGGUAGACGCGCCAGAACUCAUGGGUAAGCGACGGACGAUUCCACCGUACGAGUUCUUUCAAACCGCCGCUGAACGAGACAUUCCGUUCUGGAAAAUUGAGUUGGCGGCGUCGGGCAGAGCUCGCUGCACCGGCUCGCGCAAGUCCCUCGGCAGCGUCGGUCGCUGUCGAAACACCAAUGAAGGAUCGAAGGUGGAUCAGCCGAGAAGCGUGGGUCCCGGUCCCGGUCCCGGUCCCGGGUCAUCGAGAGCGCUCGUCGCCGACGUGUUCGGAAUCAUCAAGAAGAACGCUGUGCGCGUGGGCUUAAUGGAUCCAGAAUCUGGCGCGUACUGCCGAUUCGUUCAUUUGCGAUGUUGGCGUGUGCCUCAGGCGGUGUGGUACAAUCUUCCGCAGUACCCCGACGAUACGACUGAGUAUAGCGUCGAUGAGUUCAAAAGACGCUUGGUCGAUAUGGACGGCGUCGUCUUCGUCGGGUUGAACAAACUUUGCGAUGAAGACAUCACGCUCGUCGCCGAACACGCGAUGAAUCAGGAGGCGUGGGCGGCGUUCAAUCAGAAGAAAUAUGUCGCCGCUCGAGCUGCUGGCCUUCCGUCAUCGCGGGUUCAACUUCUUUCGAAAGACGAAAUCAAAGUACUGCAGAAACUAAUGUCGAAGGCGACGUCUUUAGUGCAAGAACCAGAGCAAGACGAACCGCUCGCCGCGGUGACGAAGCAGGAAUCAAAACCGGAACCAAAACGAACGGACCACGAUGAGUACGACGUCGUGACUGAUGACGACGAACACGAAGAUGGCUUGCAAGUGGCGCCGAAUGUCGGCACCGCGAUCGCCGUGCAGAAACCAAAAGAGGAGAAGCCACCACCGAAGAUUUUGAUUCCCGUCCCUGGCGAAAACGGCGCAAUCGCCAACUCACUUCUUCGCGACAAUUCCAAACCCAUGACGUUCGUGCUGACGGGAAUUUUUCCGGAUCUCGGAGGCGAUCGAAUCGGUCUGAUGCAAGGCAAAGACAUGGCGGAAAAGCUGAUUCAGCGGUUUGGAGGCGUCGUGCGGAGCGCGGUUUCAGGCGCAACUGAUGUUUUGCUCGUCGGCGAAGAGCCAGGCGUUUCGAAACUAUCAGCUGCGCGCACGAAAGCGAACUGCAAAGUUCUCAAUCUCGAACACAUCCUCGACAUGAUUCACGGGCGCUCCAUUGAAGGGAAACGGUUGCAAAUUGAAAGAUUCAGCACAGGUUUUCAUGGAAAUUCGUUAGCGUACGAUAUGACGCGAGCCGAAUUGGAAGAGCUACGGACGGGAGCCAAAGCGCUUCCUUCGACGAUGAAAACAGAGGAGCCACAACUUCUACCAUCGUCCAAGUCGACAACGCGUAAGCGCAAAGCUCUUCCUUUGUCCACGAAAGACGAAGCGCAAAAGAAUUUGACGUUACCCGCACCUGAUAAGCCGCCGCGAAAUAAGAAGCCAAAACGCUCGCCGAAAGCGCCCGUGCGAAGCUCGCGUCGUCUCGCCGCACUGACGAACGCCGCGUGA